GAGCUGAGGCGAAGCGCAGCCCGCCGCCGGUCGGCCCGCCGUUCACCCGCUUUUGGCUUCAGGCCGUCCGGUUAUCCGUCCGGUUAUCCGUCCGGCGGGCGACCCCCGCCCCACACAAAAAAAACAAACCCUCCCUCCGAUUGCUGCAGCCCGCUGCGGGGAUAUGCCAUUACCAUGGCGAGGAGGGUCUCCGCGGGGGCCUGGCUCAGGAAGCCCUACUACGGGCAGGUUCGCUUCUCUUAUAUGCGGAUGAAAUAUCUCUUCUUCUCUUGGCUAGGAGUAUUUAUUGGCAGCUGGAUUAUUUAUGUUCAGUACUCAUCUUACACAGAACUUUGCAGAGGGCAUGACUGUAAGAAAACAAUAUGUGAUAAAUACAAGAGUGGGGUUAUUGAUGGAUCAGCAUGUAGUAGCCUGUGUACAAGACAAACACUUUAUUUCAGAAAAUGUUUGUCAACCCAACCCAACAAUCAGAUGUAUUUAGGAGAAUGGGGUAAUUUGCAAGGAGUUAUAAAAUGCCAGAUGGAAGAAAUUGCUCAUAUUGAUCUUAGAACUGAACUAGAACCAAGGAAACAAACAACUCUGUUUGAUAAACCAACUAGAGGAACUACUGUUCAAAAAUUCAAAGAGAUGGUCUAUGNAGGGGUGUCUUCUCCCCCUCCCCCCUAG